UAGAAAAAGCGUAUGGGACAGAGCAUACUACGAUAAAUACGGCGCCCCAACGAGCAAGGACAACUCAUGGGAAGAAGGUUAUCAUGUGCUUGAGAAAAAACUAGCUGGUAUAAACGAUAGCGUGAUGGCUAUUGAAGAGCUGGAUUUCCCCGUUUUUGCUGGUGGUGGCGGAGGGGUGCAUCUGUAUAAAAAAUGGCACGACCAUGAGCCGUGGAAUUGGACUGGAUGGGUACCCCUGCAGAAACAAUGGCUUUGCCAGGGAAGGUUUUUCAGCAACAGGUAUUUCCUGGCUCUUCGUGGUAAUGAAAUACAGAACAAUUUGUGGGAUUAUGACCCAUAUGAAGACGUACAAAAAGAAGAUGAAGGUGUCGACGAAAUGGUGUACAGUCAGGUGCAACCAAAUGACAGAUACAAAGGAGGUUAUUGGUUUCAUGGUCAACCUUUUGGUCGCUAUCUGCAUAUCAUUGCAUUAAAGUCACAUACUGAGAAAGUUAAGAGAUACAACUACAUCGUUCAUCCCUUGGCAUACAGAGCCUCAAUUCACACAAUCCCAGACAACAGCGUGGAUGCAAUGCAAUGGUGCAUUAUUAAUAUGCCCGAGGAAGAACAUUUUGGAAAAGAUCAGCCGUGGGGCGAAAAAUGUCACGGCCUGGAAAUAUUCAAUGAUUUUACGUACGCUCACUCCUAUAAAAAGAUUGAGGAGGAUGGGCCGAACAAUGGUGAACUCAGUGAAGAUGAAAAAGGAAACAAGUAUUAUUACUGGUUUGACACAUACCCUUUGGAGUUUGCAGUGUUUCUUCUUGAUUCUGCUCUUGCUCGAGGCGUCUAUUUCCAUACAAUGGCUGCCAAUGACGCGUUCUACGAAAGAUCUCCUGAAGAAAACAUUAUCGAUGAGCCAGACGGAAGAAAGACUAAACUAAUCAGAGAAUCAGAUCCAAAGGACAAUCUUCACAAACAUAACAUGAAUUGCGAUUCGCCAUCAAAAGACGCAAGGCGGCGUGGGCCAAAAGCAAUUUCUAUGGAAAUCACAAAGACAGAUGGCAAACCCCCAAAACACUUCGAAGACACUUCCAAGACAGAUCUGUUGGAUUUUGUAAGUCAACUUCCGUACAAAGAUAAAUUUGUAUUUGGCUUUGUGACACUAUUCGAUCCAACUGAGGUCAUAAAGAACACAGUUUUUAAGGAGCGCAAUGGCGCCCAACGCAUUCUGGAUAAGGGAUUGGAUGAUGCAGAAAACGUUGUGUUAGAUUAUCUGAAUAAAGGAAGAUAUUACGCUACCACAGGAAUUUGGGAAAAAUUUGAGUUCAAGAACAUUAACCACCCGGCGGUGUUGCCCCUUAAAAUUCGCAAUCAGCCAGACCCAAACGAGCUCUGUUAUGAUCUAACUCUUGACAUGGAACUGGUAUUCACUUUCCCGCCUUGUCGAGAAAAGAACAUUGACAUAGUUUGGAGGUACACCAUUAUGCACGAGUAUGUAAAUGAAGAAUCAGUUAUGAAGCUUAAAACAGAUCAUGGCUACUUUAAGUUGGAUGAAAAGAACUCAACCCAUGUCGAUCUAAGUUGUUACGAUAAACCUCAUGUAAAGUGGUUGUACUUUUCGGCAAUAACACCAAAGAAUCCACAACGUAGAGCCUGGAUGCAUGCCAUCAAAGGACCAGCAUUUGGUGAUCCACAUUUGUAUGCCAGAAUUUGUCGUAUGAAACAUUAUAUUGUACCAACGAAAAGGGAUAAGAAUCAUACAGUCACUCCAGAAAAAUGUAUCAAACCAACAAAAGUUACGGUAUCUUCAGAAGGCGACUUAGAUUUUGUUCUAGGAAAGGCAACAAACGGGAACGACAUAUAUGCAUACUUUAUGCAAGUUUGCCCUCUCCAACAAGAUCUUACAACAAUGCCAGUGAGCGUAAACAUUGACAAAUCGUCUGACCACAUCCCACCACGUAUUUCGCAAAGCGUCCAUGGAUUUUUCCAGUUGAGAAAUGACUAUCCCACACGACUGAAUAUGACGGCCUCUUGGGACAAAGAAACGUUAAAAGGUGAUGUAAACUUUUACAUUAUUGAUGGAGAAACUGGUCAACCAAAACCGAUGGACGAAAAACCCAAGAUACUUGUAAAGAAAAAAAGUCAGCUUUCAAUCAAACAAAUUAAGAAGAAGACUGUUGGCUUAUAUCACAAGUUGCAGCCUAAAAGUUGAUUUUUAUCACGACUUAAUAAUUUGGAGUUGCAUGAAAACAAUGUUAUAUAAGAUAUAUGUAAGCAUGCAUAGCUAUACAAACUUAGUAUCUGUUUACAUAGAUAAAAUAUGCCCCUAUCACUAUAGAUACACUUAUACGUAAACAGGGUGUCCCUGUCCAUUGCAUGGGGGGGGGGCUACCUCUUAUAUAUAUAAACACUUGCGGUUGUAAAAUUAACGUAUGUGAAACGGUAUGUGAAAUUACUUCUACAGAGGGAACUCAGGGCUCUAGGAUUUCCCUGGCACCCGAGGGUUUCCCUGGCACAGCGCACAGGACGCCGAAUAAACCGCCCUGACUUGAAGUAUAUCGUAUCAUAUACCGUAUGUUUGAGAUACCAGAGUUGCAAAAAGAGUUCAACCUUCCUCCGGUAGGAUUUCAAGUUUUGAAAACCUUCCUCAAAAUGAC